AUGUCUGGAGGCUUCAACCCGAACGCCAACACGUUCAACCCGAACGCCGGCUCGUUCGUCCCCGGCGGCGCACCCCCCUUCCAGCCCGGACAGCCCUACAACCCGUACGGCGCUCCUCCCCAGCAGGGCGGAAACCCUGCCGACUACUACAACCAGUACGCCGGCGGAUACGGAGGCUACGGCGCUCCGGCUGGCCAGUAUGGCUACGCCCCGCAGGGCUACGGUCAGGCUCCGGCCGGCUACGGGGCCCAGGGCCCCUUCGCAGCUCGCUACAACGGCGGCGGCUUCCCCGGCCAGCAGCAGCAGCAGCGACCACCUCAGCAGCCCGAGACCCGCGCCUACGAGCCUCCUGUUCGCCAGCCUGCCGCUUCCUCUGCCCCCUUCGUCCGCCCUUCCUCCGACCCCAAUGCUCCUCCUCCCUCGAAGCCGCCUACCAUGUCGCUCAAGAUCGGCGGUUCCUCCUCGUCCAUCCCCGCUCCCAACCCCGACGCCAAGCCUGCGACCGUCUCCCUCAAGAUCGGCGGCGGAAGCAAGGCUUCGACCGCUUCGUCGUCUUCUGCUGCCGCGUCGAAGAAUGCGACUCCCGCGACUUCGAGCAAGGCAUCGACUCCCGCCGCGUCCAAGCCUGGCACGCCCGUAGCGGGCAAGCCUGCUGCUGCCGCUGCGGCGGAGAAGAAGGCCGAUGCUGCGCAGGCGAAGAAGGAGGACAAGGAGAAGAAGGUCGAGGCGAAGAAGGUCGAGGAGGCCAAGAAGGACGCGGUCGAGGCGGAGAUCCAGGCUGCUGCGGACCAGGAGGCGCUCGAGGACCUGUACGGUGUCGAGGAUGCCAAGGAUGUCAAGCCGCACAUGAACAUCGUCUUUAUCGGCCACGUCGAUGCCGGCAAGUCGACGAUGGGCGGCAACAUCCUCUACCUGUGCGGCAUGGUCGACAAGCGCACGCUCGAGAAGUACGAACGUGAGGCGAAGGAGGCUGGCCGUGAGAGCUGGUACCUCUCGUGGGCGCUCGACUCGACCUCGCAGGAGCGCGAGAAGGGCAAGACCGUCGAGGUCGGCCGCGCCUACUUCGAGACCGACGUCCGACGAUACACGAUCCUCGACGCUCCCGGCCACAAGAACUUCGUGCCGUCCAUGAUCUCGGGUGCCGCGCAGGCCGACGUCGCCGUCCUCGUCAUCUCUGCUCGCAAGGGCGAGUUUGAGACCGGUUUCGAGAAGGGCGGUCAGACGCGCGAGCACGCCAUGCUCGUCAAGACCGCUGGUGUUCAGAAGCUCGUCGUCGUCGUCAACAAGAUGGACGACCCGACUGUCAACUGGGACAAGGCGAGGUACGACGAGAUCGUCACCAAGCUCUCGCCUUUCCUCAAGGGUACCGGCUACAACAUGAAGACCGACGUCACUUUCAUCCCCGUCUCUGGCUUCACCGGCGCGAACAUCAAGGAGCCGGUCGACCGCAAGGUCGCUCCCUGGGUCGAGGGCACCUCGCUCCUCUCGUUCCUCGACGAGAUGCCGCUCAUGGACCGCAAGAACAAUGCGCCGCUCAUGAUGCCGAUCUCGGAGAAGUACGGCGACAUGGGCUGCGUCGUUGUCGGCAAGGUCGAGUCGGGCAAAGUGCGCAAGAACCAAGACUUGCUCCUCAUGCCGAACAAGACGCCCGUCCAGGUCGCCGCCAUCUUCAACGAGAUGGAGGAGGAGGUCUCGCUCGCGCUGUGCGGCGACAACGUCCGCAUCCGUCUCCGCGGCGUCGAGGACACGGACGUCAACGUCGGGUUCGUCUUGACCGACCCGAAGAAGCCCGUCUCCGUUGUCACACAGUUCGAGGCCCAGCUCGUUAUCCUCGACACCAAGAACAUUAUCACGGCUGGCUACUCGGCGGUCAUGCACGUUCACACCGCUUCCGAGGAAGUGACCCUCUCGGCGCUCCUGAACUACUACGACAAGAAGACGGGGCGGAAGUCGCGCAGGCCGCCUCAAUUUGCCAAGAAGGGCAUGAAGAUCAUUGCGCGUAUCGACGUCGCCGGACCGAUCUCGCUCGAGAAAUUCUCGGACCACCCGCAGUUGGGACGGUUCACCCUGAGGGACGAGGGAAAGACCGUGGCGAUAGGCAAGGUAACGAAGACCCAGCAGGUAAUCUCCGAGGAGGCACCGGACGUCGCCAAGCUCGACAUCAACGCGGAGUAA